UUUCAGAAUCUAGGGGCAUGUCCAAGAUGAGAGUGUGUAUAAUUGGAGCUGGCCCUUCAGGCAUGUCAGCAUUGUGGCAUUUCUGUCAGUGUGACAAGAUGCCGGAGGUGGUGUGUUUUGAAAAGCAAAGUACUUGGGGAGGCCAAUGGAAUCGAACCUGGAGGACAGGAUUCGAUGAACACGGCGAGCCAGUUCACAGUUGUAUGUAUAAUGAUUUAUGGACAAACGCUCCGAAAGAAUCAAAUAUAGAGUUUCCAGGUUAUACAUUUGAGGACCAUUACGGCAAAAGUGUACCCUCCUAUAUCUCUGUACCUGUGGUUAAAGAUUAUCUUGAAGGUCGCUGGUCAAGGGAUUACAACUUGAGACAGUUUGUUCAAUUCGACACACCUGUAAGAUAUGUAUCAUAUAACGACAGCACCGAUACAUUUCUUGUAACGUACGAAAACUUAAUUAGCAAGAAAGUAAUAAACGAAACGUUUAGUCACGUGAUUGUUUGUAGCGGAGCAUUUACAUAUCCCUUUACGCCCUAUAUUCCAGGAUUAGAUAGUUUCCAGGGGAGUGUGCUGCAUUCACGCGAUUUACGUCACUGUCACUUGUUCAAAGAUAAAACUGUUCUAAUAAUUGGCUCUGGAUUUUCGGCAGAAGACAUUGCUGUUCAUUGUUUGAAGUAUCAAGCGUCAAAAAUCAUUGUAUCCUGUAGAACUAAGUCGUUUAUUUCAAACUGGCCUAUAUGUAUAGAGGAGCGUCCAGUUGUUAAACGGUUCCAUGCUAAAGAAGCUGUUUUUACAGAUAACACACAAGCCGAAAUAGAUGAUGUGAUACUGUGCACGGGGUUUCGAAAUUAUUACCGCUUUCUUGAUCCGUGUCUUCGAAUUAAUGAGACACCCGUGAUUUAUUCAAAAGAGCUGUACAUGUCAGCACUUUUAAUAUCGGCUGGUAAUAAUAAAUUAUUUUAUGUCGGAGCUCAAAAAACCUUGUACACUAUGACUUACUUCGAUGUGGUUGCUAAUUGGGUGUGCAGGUACAUCAUGGGAACUCUAGAGCAUGAACCAAAAUCUGAAGCAGAUAUUAUUAAACAUUCCAAAGAAUGGUGGGUACGAGCUUCAAAUGUACACUCAUAAAAGGAGAUAAUUGAUUUUCAAACCGGAGUACUAAAAUAUAUGAUAGACGUCACGGGUUACAGACAAGAGGCACUGCAGGUUUACGACAUUCUAUUGGAUUGGAUGAAACAUCGAGAACAGGGUAUAGACAAAUACAGGGACCACAGUUUCCGUUCUAUAUUUACAGGCAAUAUGGCGCCUAUGCAGACGGCAUUUAUGGAUAUAAAAGACGACAGUCUUCAAACAUUCCUGAAAAAUUAAUUAUACAAAAUUAUAUUAGUAUAUUAAGUUUGUUGUACGAAUGUUACAUGUUACAUAAAAAUAUGAAUGUACUCAUGAAAUUAAAAAGAAAAACCUCACAAUUUCCAAAAUAGACAAUAGGGAUAACAAAAGGCCUCUUGACAACAUUACGCAGUAUUAUCGAUAACCAAAACUACAUUCUUUCCUCAUAAUGUAGACAUUAUAAUCAUAUAUGACCAACCGUAUCAUUGUAACGAUGCUGGGCUUCUGAAGAUCUUAUUUUCAUAUAAAGCUAAAACUAAGUUAUUAAUACUGACUUUUUUUUAAUGUA